AUGAGGCCCCCUGCUGUGGCGCUGCUGCUGCUGCUGCUCAAACUGGCCUGCGGCCGGCCCCGAAUGCUGAACCGGAUGGUGGGCGGGGAGGACGCGAAGGAACGCGAGUGGCCGUGGCAAGUCAGCAUCCAGCGCAACGGGAGCCACUUCUGCGGGGGCAGCCUCAUCACGGCGCGCUGGGUGCUGACCGCAGCACACUGCUUCUCCAACACCUCGGACCUGUCCCUGUACCGGGUCCUGCUGGGGGCACGUCAGUUGGAGACCCCGGGGCCACACGCCGUGUAUGCCCGGGUGAAGCGAGUGGAGAGCAAUCCCCUGUAUCAGGGCAUGGCCUCCAGCGCCGACGUGGCCUUGGUGGAACUGGAGAAGGCCGUGGUCUUCACCGACUACAUCCUCCCGGUCUGCGUGCCGGACCCCUCGGUCGUUUUCAAGACGGGCAUGAACUGCUCCGUCACUGGCUGGGGCAGCCACAGCGAGCAAGACGGCCUGCCCAACCCUCGGAUCCUGCAGAAGCUGGCUGUGCCCAUCAUUGACACCCCCAGAUGUAACCUGCUCUACAGCAAAGACACCGAAGAAUGGGACCUCCAGCCCCAGACGAUCAAGGCAGACAUGCUGUGCGCCGGUUUCGCCGAGGGCAAGAAGGACGCCUGCAAGGGGGACUCGGGGGGACCUUUGGUGUGCCUCGUGAACCAGUCCUGGCUGCAGGCUGGCGUGAUCAGUUGGGGCGAGGGCUGUGCCCGCCGGAACCGCCCAGGCGUAUACAUCCGGGUCACUGCCCACUAUGACUGGAUCCACCGGAUCAUCCCCGAGCUGCAAUUCCAGCCUGCGGACACUAGAGGGGAACAGAGGCGAGGCCCGCGGGUCCAGCUGCCACCCGGGCGGAACCUGGCGCCCCUGCUGGGCGCACACGCCUUGCACCUGGUGCUGGCGGCCCUGCUCUCAGUGUUGUGAGCCCGCCCGAGCCCAGGUGCCACCGUGUACAGAUGUAAAUAGCUCCCCCACUCCCAGCAUUUUUAUUUAUGGCCCCUCCAAUAAACACCCAGCCUCAGGCUGCUGCCGUGCGGCUCCUGGCGGGGAAGAUAAGCUGA